AACACACCGGAAAGCGGGUGGGGUGUAAACACACGCACGUGUAGUCUGAUUUUACCGUAAUAUUCAGUAUUUCGAUUAAAACAAUCAACCUUUAAUACGUCCUUGAAAAAAUGUUUACAAGGAAGCUGCUGACGCUGGUGCUGGUGGUGCAACCUGGCCGUGUGCUGCUUGGCAUGAAGAAGCGUGGCUUUGGGGUGGGGAAAUGGAACGGUUUUGGGGGUAAAGUUCAUCCUGGGGAGAGCAUCGAACAAGCAGCGAGACGAGAGCUGCUGGAGGAAAGCGGCCUCACUGUGAACACGCUGCACAAGAUCGGACACAUCACGUUCGAAUUCGUCGGAGAAACAGAGCUGAUGGACGUGCACGUGUUCCGGGCCGACGAUUACAACGGCGAGCCGACCGAAUCGGAAGAAAUGAGGCCUCGGUGGUUCGAUCUGGACAAAAUCCCCUAUGGUGAAAUGUGGGCAGACGACGUGUUCUGGUUCCCGCUGAUGCUGCAGAAGAAAAAGUUCUUGGGCUACUUCAAGUUCCAGGGUCAUGAUGUGAUAUUGGAGCAAAAGCUGAAUGAGGUUCAGGAGUUUUGAUCUGUUAUCUAUUACGUGAGCAGAGGUACAAGGAGACGACCCUCUGUUCACACUCGACUGUAGGGACAAAAUCAUCAGCUUGUCCUGGUGACACAUGGGGCCUGUUCAGACAGGAUUAUAACACACGUCCUGGAGGAUGCGAGUCCUCAGAUGACCACUUGUACAUUAGUUAGUGUUAGUGUACUUUUUUAUUCAUUUGUACUUUUGUUAGUGUACUUUUUUAUUAGUGUAUUUUUUUAUUCAUUAAAACACCGAAUAUAGAAGCUGUAACUAACACCGUUACACUGGAAUACUGUAGAACUUGAUGUUAUCUUCUUCUAAAAUAUUAAGCCUCAGAUAGCUUUUAUUUCCACUAUGCACUAAUCUGAGCACUAAAUUAGGUGUACAGUAGUGAUGUUAUCAGCCCUGUAAGCUGCACUUUAUACUCUGUACCGUUUAUACUCCAUACCGCCCUCUGCAGGAGGAAGAAAGUAGUACCAUCUCUUUCAGGGCCAGUUUAUUUGUGAAGCACAGCACUGAUGGGCCACAUACACAUCAUACUGUUUCUAAUAUUACAGGUUUGUUUUGAAGCCAGUACUUUUUUUUACACUUUACAUUUAAUAUUUGAAACAUUUAGCCAGAAAUAUCAAUAUCGUUCGGUAGGAGACAAGAAGAUGCUUAAUGUGUUUUAUCUCAUACGUCAUCUUAGGGUUUAUUUUUAUAAUGAAGUUGUAUAGUUCAUAUACUAGUGUUUUUGUUUGUUUGUUUGUUUAUUUGUUUUUCUACCCUUUCAAAAACUGACAGCAAGUGGAAAUAUUUCAAACUUAAAAUAUACAUAAAGUAUAUAAAAACAUUUUCAUUUACAAAUUUACAGCUUUUCCAAUAGAACAAGACUCUUUAAAGCGUCUUUGAGGAAAUACUCCACUAAAGAUAUUUACAUUUACUCACCAAGAUGCCACCAAGAGCGAGGGCAACUUCACACACGCGUGUGUGAACAGACGAACAGAAAUAUUGCAGUUAUUCCAGCAUGCUGUGUUUAUGUACGUGAAUCUGUUGAAAAUGAUGUGUUUCUGUAUCAUCAGCAUUAUCACUGACUGUAUUAGAGCACAGAAGAAACAAGCAGCUCAUUCAAAAUGAUUUUUGUUCAUGAUUUUACUUUCUUAGUGAACUUAAUUAUCCUAAUAAAUAUCUCACUCCUUAAAA